UGUUAAUUGUAGCAUGUUUUUCAGCCAUGCUUUCCAGUCACAUUCGCAGCCUGUGAGAAGGAGCAGUGCUGAAGCUUGCCGGCUGAGUGCUGUCCUGACAGCUCGUGCUCACCCACGGAGUGGGUGCCUGCAGGUGAUGGGCAGUACCUGGGGCUGGAGCGCUUUGUGCCAGAAGCAGGAGCCCUGCAUGCCUGAGUUUUGGUGACACUGCUGGGUGCUCACCACAUCACCUGUGUCUCUCCCCUCCUCACCUGCGUGGUCCUGGCCUCCAGCUGCAGGUCCAGCACGGUGGCCAGCCCAACGAGCCCUCUCAGGGGCUCCUGCAUGAGCUAUGAGCAGCGCAUUGCCAGUGCUUGGGGACCUGCAGUGGGUGAUGCAGAGGGAGCUGCAUGGUGUCUGGCCAGGGAUGCUGUAGCUGCUGUGGGAACGCCCGGAUCCCUGAGCACGAAGUGACUGCAACUAACUCAAGGUUGGGACUACUUCUCAGAGGAUGCCCUGUGUGUCUCCAGCCACUCCUCUCUGGCCUCACCGCAGAUUAUUUGGAGUUGUUCGCUUGCCGCUGCUGAGGGGGCACAGAGACAUAGGCCUCCAGAGGGUUAAGAGCAUCUGCCUUUACGCCAAGUGUUUGAGCAGGAAAUAAUCUGCAGAGAUACAUGUGCAGCAAUUCAACUGCUGUUGCUUUACCAGGCUGCCGCUGCUGCAGUUCGGUGUGUGAGAGGAGCCGCGCUGCUCACAGAGGAUGCUUUCUUGGUGUGUCCGAACCACCGGGCAUGGCAGCGGGGCCCCGGCUGUCUGAGCUGGGGUAAAUGUCUUCAUCCAAGAGGAAUUAUGUGGACUGUCUGGUUCUGUCAGCUCACUGAGCUCUGUGGAGAGGAGUUCUGUACAUCUCUGCUAACUGCUUUACCACCUGCAACCUUCUCUUGAGGAUUUUUUGCACCAAUACCUGAGAGAGGAAAACCUGCCAUCAAGUUUUCUUAGUGACUGUCCAAAACAGGAGAAAAUCAGAGGUUUUGGAUUAUGAAGACCCUGGCAAGUGUAAUAUGAAGCACGUCAAGCUGCUUAUCUGAAUCAAGAAGGAGGACUCCGUAGAAUAUUUGAAUUCCCUCUCUGGUGAACAGUUCAGCUUUGUGCCAUCCAUAAGUGCAAAGUGCUUCGAAAAGAGCCCACUGAAGGCAUGCUAGUGAGACCCCGAGUCACGGACGGAGCAAACUUUUCUGGCCUAUCACCACACCCUGGCCUCAAAUCCUCUUUGGAGCAGCUACCAAAGAGGCUGAACUUUGCUGUUUUCUGCUGUGCUGCCCGGCACCUUUUCCAAAGGCUGAUGGAAACCUGCGUUUAGGUCGUACCGCGUGAGAGUGAGAUACCCGCCCUGCUCCCUGACAGCCUCUCCCUGCUUCAUCCUCACCAGCAGCACCAGAUGUGCAGGCGGCUGCAAAGAGCUUCCUUCCCUGAGCACAGGUGCUCUCUUUCAACAAAAAAAAUGGUGGACCUGGAAACCAGCUGGAGGUUGCAAGGUCUCCUUUCGCUCGAGGUUGUUGGUCAGUGGUCAGCUUCCACCACACCCAAGGAAACUAGAAGAGCUUCACGCUAACUUCUGUAAGGUUUGUUUCGCUAUGGAAGAUCAAAUUUUUUUCUGGCUCAGGUUUUGUGAAGUUCGGCAUCUGCCUUGGACUCACAGUUUGGAAAAGGGAUCAUCUCUGAGACACGGUUAAGAGACAGAAAAACCAGUCCUAGACAAUGAGCACUUUAAGUGCCACUGGAAUAUUACUCAGCUUAACGACGGUGUCUGUUACGCUGGAUUUUAGUUUGCAUGGUGGUCUGAUGGCUUGGUCCUUAAGCAGCAAUGUGACUCUGAAUCAGAGUUUGCCUACGUCUGAUCCUCUUAAUGCCUCUGAGAAGGGUGAAGUCUCUCGGAUGUCCGUGAGGGAGAAGAACUGGCCAGCCCUCCUGAUCUUGGUCGUCAUCCUGCUGACCAUUGGGGGGAACAUAUUGGUAAUUAUGGCUGUGUCCUUGGAGAAGAAGUUGCAGAAUGCCACAAACUUCUUCCUGAUGUCUUUGGCAGUGGCAGACAUGCUGGUGGGUAUCCUGGUCAUGCCCGUGUCGCUCAUUACAGUCCUGUACGAUUAUGCUUGGCCUUUGCCUAAACAGUUGUGCCCUAUAUGGAUUUCCCUAGAUGUGCUCUUUUCAACUGCAUCUAUUAUGCAUCUCUGUGCCAUCUCUCUUGAUCGGUAUGUAGCAAUACGCAAUCCCAUUGAGCACAGUCGCUUCAAUUCCCGCACCAAGGCUAUUAUGAAAAUUGCUGCAGUUUGGACCAUAUCCAUAGGGAUAUCUAUGCCUAUUCCAGUCAUGGGUUUGCAGGAUGACUCCAGGGUGUUCAUAAAUGGUACCUGCGUCCUCAACGACGAGAACUUCGUCCUCAUUGGAUCCUUCAUGGCGUUCUUCAUCCCUCUCAUCAUCAUGGUGAUCACGUAUUGCUUGACCAUCCAGGUGCUGCAGAGACAGGCAACAGUGUUCAUGUGUGGAGAGGUGCCCAGGCAGAGGAGGAGCAGUGUAAACUGUCUCAAGAAGGAAAACAACACAGAGAACAUUUCAAUGCUUCACAAUCAUGAGGGGGCAUCUCACUUGAACUCUCCUGUAAACAAGGAGGCAGUGCUUUUUCGGAAAGGAACUAUGCAGUCCAUCAACAAUGAGCGAAGAGCCUCCAAGGUCCUGGGCAUAGUCUUCUUUUUGUUCCUCAUCAUGUGGUGCCCAUUUUUCAUCACUAAUGUCAUGUCUGUCCUUUGCAAGGAAGCCUGCGAUAAAGACCUCUUGAGUGAACUCCUCGAUGUGUUUGUUUGGGUGGGAUAUGUUUGCUCUGGGAUUAAUCCCCUCGUAUACACACUCUUCAAUAAAACGUACCGCAGGGCUUUUUCCAAUUACAUCCGUUGCCUAUACAAAACCAGUAAAAAAUCAGCACUGCGGCAGAACCAGUGUCUGAAUGUUACUUCAACAGCUUUAUAUGGGAAAGAUCUGACUUUAACUAGUUAUCGAAAUGGCAAUGAACUCAAUAGCAUGGAACUAGAUGAAGCUGAGGAGGGCCUUGAAAUGCAACCAGGGACUUCAGAGCUCUCUAUAAACAGCUGUAAUGUUGUAAGCGAAAGAGUGAGCUGUGUAUAAAGGUGGCUCACACAGCCUUUUGCUACAGCCUAUCUGUAGCCAAAAUAUAUUGUGUAAAAAUGUAAGUGUUGUUCAAAGGACGAUGUAAAUAUUGCAUUCUGAACAAAGCUUUUUUUUUUUUAAGUAAAACAGAGAGUCGUCUUUCCAGUCCAGUACUUAAAAUCAUAUAUAUUGAUAUACUGCAGUGAAGUUUAAGGUUCUAUAUUUACUGUUAAUAUUAGAUCAGAACUAUUAGUUACUUUGCAUAUGUCAUGGACAAAACGUUUGAAUUUUUCUUCCAGUGCAUGAACAAAAAUGCUGAAUAUUUAUCUCAGGUGGCAUUUGCUGGAGUCCAGAAUGGCACGUUAAUAUUUAUAUAUCAAAUACAUGCUAUUAGACUUGAUCAGUAUAACUUUCUUUUUCAAGUUGACAGUAAAUAUGUACUUUAAAUCCUCACCCCUACUUGUGCCGUGUAAGGACUGUACAGAAACCUGGCAGAGAGACAUCAUGAAAGUGUAGUGGCUGUGCAGGCACCUGGCCAGACAUAUUCUGUUACAGGUAGUGCCUUGCUGCCACGUUGGGGCAAUCUUGCACUUCAAGGGACCUCUGUUAAAUGUUGACUCCCUCUCCAAUCCUGCCAUUUUCUUUCUGUUCCCCAGGAGGCUCCAGUUUCCCAAAGGAAGGUGGGGAAUGAAGUUCUGGUGUGGUUUUGUGAUCCUGACUGGGAUCCCUUGCACACCUGGAGAAGUGUGAGAAACAGAACCCCAGUUAUCUGCUUUAACCAUUUUAUAACUGGAGUGCCUCAGAUUUAUAAAAAGCCCUCCUUUGGUCUUAUAGAUAAUCAUCAGCUCUGGGAUGCAGCAAGCUGUGCUCAGUGUGCGUGGCACUGACUUCACAGAUUGCUUGGGUGAUCAGGGUCUUUGGUUAAACUGUAGAAGAGCACUCUGACUUUGUAAGAGCUCUUGUCUUCUUGGUCCUUGCAUCUAUUUAUUCCUUAGCUUGUUCAGCAUCUGCUUUUAUUUUUCAGCAUCGUGGGACUUGCAGUGCUAGUGAAGAAAAACAGCUUUGGGUGUAGACCAGAAGCUGCUGUGCAUGUGGUGCUGGUCAGGGUCAGGUGGUGAGGUGCAGAAUACACAUCCCUGGGAGAUGCUCAGGAGAGGAAUAAAUGAGGGUCUCUGCUUCUUUCUCCUGUUUCAGGAGGGGAUGGGCAGAGCUGGACAGAGUAUGUGACUGGAAUAAUUUGCUGGUGACAUGGUUCAAAAGGAAACAAUCAACAAGGACGGCAAGGCAGACCUGGAGCUAGUCUACAUGGAAGAUAAAUCUGGAUUAACUUUUAAAUUUUAUUUAUUUCAUUUCACUCCCUAAGUAAAUUACAUUACAUAAAUCUUAAUGAAAGUGUCCACACUGGGAUUUAAUGGAGUUUAAGUAAUCUGCUUUUAAUUCACACCAUGUAUAAUUUGAAUUAAUUUUUCUCUGUGUUCCUGUGUAGAUAAACCCUCAAGGCAUUGUGUCUUUCUGGCACUGUGUCUCUGGGGUGAUGCCUGUCAUGCAAUUUUCCUUGUGUAGAGUGUUGUCUAAUGCCAGAUAUCACCCAUAAGGUUUUUACAUCUUCAUUAACUAAUGCACAAAUCCUGCAGUGCACAUUGAACAUGGAUGCACUUAGCAUCACUGACAGCCUCUGGCUAUGAAAAUGCUCAGAACAGAAAAGCUUACACUAAGCAUAGAUAAAUUGCAUUUUACUAACAUGAACUGCUUGUACUCUAAGCUUGCGGAGUUCGUCCCACCAAAAUUGUCUUGUAGAAGAAAUGGAAAAUUCUGCUAGUGCUUUAGUAUAACGUUGUGUUGUUACAUUGCUGUCUACAGCAACAACCUCACUGAGGCCACUGCCAAAACACAACAUAUGGGUUGCAGCUGCUGCUGGGUUUCUCCCAGGCUGAUGUGUUGAUGUUGAUGGUCCUUUCUUCUUCCUCAUCCCCUCCUGGGUAACUUCCAUGCAGAUAGGUGAGGUAUUCCAGUGCAGAGCAUGGCUUACUGCUUGCAGAAGGCAGCAGAGAUGCACCAUGUGCCCGCCUGCUGCUACUGCCAGGAGCCUGAAUGCUCAGGAAUCCACUUGCCUCUCUAAAAAGGUCUGGUAAUCAGCAGGAAAAGGACUGGCCAGAGACACAAACUUGUGCCAUUGGUGACUGCCCUUUGCUGUAAGUCAGAUUUAACUAUCUCAAGCAGUAAUGAAAAAGUCAGGAAGAUCACAUUGCUUUUCAAGUUCUCUCCUUUUUUUUUUUUUUUUUUUUUUUUUUUUUCCCUUAGGUGAAAUCACAGCGUAUCUUUUCCAAACGUGUGUAUAUAUAUGUGUGAGUGUGUACAUAUAUAUACAUAUCUACAUAUAUUUAAAAGCCAACCACAGACUCUGAAAGCAUUCAGCAAUAAGUUGAAUUACAGUAGCUUCUAGCACAUGAGUGAAUAGCUCGUUUUCCACAACAUUCUCAGACUCAGUGUAAGACCACACACAGGCAUUGUCUUUGCAUAGGAGCCUUCAUGUCUUAUCCUUGCUGGUUCUGUUGUAAGGGGAAAAAGGGAACCUACUAUAUCUGGAUGUAAAUAAUAGGAAGGGAACAGAGAAUUUACAUAAUUUUUAUAAAUUAUUUUAAAAUAUUCAGUACCAGAACUGUAAGUAUGUCAAGCAUUGGGGCUCAGCUGGACCCGUACCAAUGAAUGUCACUUGUUUAGAUAAGCAGACAAGGGAACUACCUUACAGUGCCUGUGUUCUCUCCUGGCCAGUGGGUGAUAACAUUUUUGUGAAUGGUUAAAUACUGUCAGUUACCCAACUUCCUUUGGGUCAUUCACAUCAGGGUUUUGUGAUGCUGCUAUUAAUUUAUUAAAGAAAGUUUGUUGGUUUAAUCACUCUUAAUUUUUUUUUCAUGGUCUAUCAGAAAAUAAAUAAAUGAACCUGCCCUCUCUUUCUUUCAUCUGUCCCCAUUUAAAAUCUUUCCUGAGUGAAAACUAUGUCCUGACCCAAAAACAAAAAACCAUGAAACAACAAUAAAAAUGAUGAUAAGGAGGAGGAUAAAUUUCAUUUCUCCUCCCACACUUGAAGUAUGACCCACAGUUGCUUAAUCACAGAAAUUAAUGUCUGCAGAUAUCCCAACUCUUCCAAUCCCAAAACUUGUUAAAUACGAAGAUGGCAAUAAACUAUUCCCUGUCUUGUCCUUGCUCCCUCCAGGACUAACUGCUAAAAAUGACACUUUUAAAAUUACCUCAGUUUGAGGGAUGGAUUUAGUUCUCUACAACUUAACCAAAGCCAGGUUGUUCCCACAGCAGCUUUGUUUGUCCUGUGCUGUAGUCAUUAACCAUGGUGGUGCCUCAAGAAGCCCUGCCCUGAGGCUGCCUGGAAGUUUUGUGUGAGUCCUCAAACUUCAGCUCAGGUAUGGUUUUGUCUUACAAAUAGUGUGUUUGGUGGUGGUUUGUUUUGAGUUUGGACUGAACAAGUGAAAAUACUUCCUUGGUGCUAUAGGCUGAAUUGUGUUUGCUUUUGUUUCUCAAACCAGAUGGGAGAUGUGCAGGCUGCCUGCAAGACCAAGUGUGCACAUAGAGCCUCCUACCCAGCAAACAGACCACCCUGUUUGACUUGGGCCAAGGAGUCUACUUGUGGCAUCAGCCCCUGAAGUAGCACCUUCUUGAGCUGUCUGCGCUUGCAGCUUUCCCCACCAGAGGCCAGAUGCAAGGCUGGCCAUGUUUGCUCAGGCACCAAGUCUGGUGGUGGAGCAACCUGGUUUCUAGAUGUGAGUUGGCUCAUCUGCAUCUGUGACAUUGCACUAUACGGCCAAGUCUGGGGUACAGCAUCCAUGAAGUAAGCUGUGGUGGCUUUGGGGAACUUUGGGGGCCUGAAAGGCUGUUCUUUGAGGACAAGGAACUGCUCCUUUGGUUCUGUGCUUGCUGAAGAUCAGAGCAGCUACCCAGAGGCUGUGGCACCUGGGAGGUGACAUGGUUCAGAGCCAAUGCUGAGGAGCCUCAAGGCAUUCCACCUCAACACGGCUUUCCUUGUUUUAGCGACUUGUGAGUCAGCAAUAGUUUUUGUCUGAGUGAUAAUUUUUAUAUGUUAAUGUUAGGUGAUGUGUGAGUAGUCAGUAUGAGCAGUGGGGUUAGUGUCUUUUUCUUUAUAGAGACACUCAUGUCAGCCACUAGGGCCUUUCUUCUGGACAGCCCUACAAAGAGAUCCAUCACUGGCACGGAGUGUGGUCAGUGCUUUUCCCUUGUAAGUCAGCAGGCUGACUGUAGUCAUCUGAUGUGCUGGAGCCACGAGGGCCCUGGAUAUGGAGACAUAAAUUCCAAAGGAAAAUCAUCUUUUAAAGAAAAAAAAAAAAAACGAACCACACACAGCUCUUCAGAAAUAUGGUUUGACUUUGAAGUAAUGAUGGGUGUAUGAUCUUGCAGACAAACUAUGCUUAUCUGGCAUUCCAAAAGCAGUGUCUGUCACGUGAAAAAGAUCCAUAUGUCUCUUGGAUUGGUUUCCUCCCUGGGUCACAGUAUCAUUAGGAUAACUAUGUGCCAAGCCAAGAGCUGCACUUGGCUUUGCCUCCAUUUCAGACUGGAGUGGAAAAGGCAUCAAAGGCUUUUUCCUGGGAAAAAAAUAUGCAAAGACCACCAAGCCUUAGGCAGAUGCAGCAGAGGAACAGAGAUGGACAGAUGUACACACACAUCUGCACACAUGAACACACACAUCCCAGAGUUUCCAGAGAGCAGCAGGUGGUAUCAUCAUGCUUCAGUCUUCCCUUGAAAAAGUAGGAAUAGCUGAACAGCUGGUGAAGAAACCUGUGAUGGGAAGAUAAAUGUGGCUCUAGGUGUCACCGUGAAAUGUGUGCUGUUCUAGUGAUCAUAUAGUGGUGGGGGUGCAUGUACCAAAAAAUGCUUUAAUUUUUUCAUUUUUAACUACAAAGUUGUUAUUGACUGUUAUUGUCUCUCUCUCAUUUUUCUUUAAGUCUCAGGUCUUCUGCUUGUUUGCUUUUACCCACACUGAAACUUGUGCUCUGAAGUUGUCAGAAGUCAACAAAAUAUCUGUGUGAUGUGUUAUUCUCUUUUGGCUGUGCAGGGACACUGCAAUUCUGUAAGAAGAUGGAGAGUCUUCAGUGUCUCCUCCUGCAGAAAAACAAGUGGGUGCUGGUGCUGGAUGCUCUUCAAAGCUACAGAAGAUUUUAAUAGGGCUCCUUUUUCCUGACUGAAGCCUAGAACAGCUAUUUCUGUGACUUUUUGAGGAGGAAGACUUCAGUGCCCACCCUUCCCAAUGAUCACGAUACUGCUCAAAGCAACAGCGUGCAAGCACAGAUGCUGACACCCAGUGGCCAUGGAGUUGCUAGCGCCUGUACGAGAUGGAAAAACUUCAGCAGAGAUGCCUCAGCUGCACACAAGAAAAGCUCCAGCUGAAGGACUAACUUCAUAAAGGGCCCGAGUUAAUGUGAACUAAACGUUAGACAGCAACACGAGGGGCACGCCAAGCUUUACCUGAGGUGUGGUAGAAGGAGGAGGAGACAAUGGAGCCCCACACCAGCAUCAUGGAGAGAACAUAAAGCCACCGGAGAGCCAUUCAGAGGUAGGAUGGCAGAGGAAGGACUUCAGAAGUUCUUGCUGGAAGGUGUGAGGUGUCAGAAAAGCUGUCCUGCAGCACGUGUGGAAGGAGGCUGGAGAAAUAAAGCAGAAUUGAAAAGCUUCAGCACAUUGGUAAGGACCUGGCAUUCCCUCUGCAGGGUGAGCACCGACAACAAUUGCCUUUUAACUUGUUUACCAAGUCCGAUUAAUCAUUUCCCAGAGGACUUUUAUUUGCAAUUUUUGGGGAUGGCAACAUGUGAAUGACUUUGGCCACAUUUGAAAUAGUUUCUGGCUAACUAAGCACAUUCUCUGCAGGCAUGUCAGCAUGUUCUUCAGUCACUGAGCCGUCUGCCAUGCGUUUUCUGUGGAAAGAGUGAUGCAGCUGAGAGACUGACCCGCCUGCUGUAGAAGGGCCUCAGACCAAUGACAUUUUCAUUAAAAAGAAACCCAAACCAGAAUGCCUGAGCCUUUCCUUAUCCCAUAAACAGGCACACCUUAUAAAACUGUCCAACAGGAGCUGGACUUGAUGAUUCAUGUGGAUCCAACUCGGGACAUUCAAUGAUUUUAUGAACUGUCACCAGUGCUUUUGGCUUUCCUGUUUCAGGAUUUGGUGAGUAACAAGAAAAAAAAAUCCAGAGAGCUGAUUUCCUUUCUUAUUCAUCCUCCAACAAAAAAAAGAAAUGGUAGAAAUGUUUGCGAGAAGUCUUCUUGGCUCUCAUGAUAAUAUUUGAAGGGGACAAAUUUCUCUUCCUGAGCAGGUCUGCUGGAGGGAAGAUGGGGACUGGGAGGGAGAGAGGAGCAGGGUUUCCAGGAGGAGCUUCUCCUUCCCUCAUAUUUCCUACUGAAAGUGGAUAGAAAUUGCUGCCUAUAGACACACCAGCCCAGCUUGCUUCCGUGUGACAGAAAGCACAUGGAUUAUGGGUAAAAAUAAAAAAAAAUUAAAAA